UGCAUGCUGCGAUACACGAGAGUGACAGUGAGAGAGGAAGGUAGAGAGACAGAGAAAGAAAGUGUGUCUGUGUAUGUGCGAGACAGGCGGACAGACAGACAGAUAGCAGUCAGAGAGUGAGUUGCGUCGUGUGAGUCGCAGGUCGCGAGAUCGGUCGUUCGUCCGUUCACUCGUACGAUCGGUCGGUCGGUGAAUUCAUUAUUAGCGUUGUGCUCCGUAUAUGCCCGUCUCAUCUGCGGAUGUAAACGGCGCGGCCGCGGCUGCGGCCGCGAUCACCGCGCUCGGGGGCGAGUCGAACGACGGCCGCGACGGAUCAUCAUCGCGACGGUUGCGGCGGCCGAUCGCCUGGCUGAAUAUGAUGCGCGCCUGCGAUGGCGGUGCCAGCGACGUUCUGUUGGAGAAAUUCCGCGGUGCCAACAGCACCGCGUCGGCCCCGACGACGGCAGUGACGACGACGGCGACGGCGGCUGCGGCGGUAGCGGAGGACGGGGACGCGGCACCAACCGAGCUGGCGACGUCGAAGUGCGAGGGGCAGCUAUCUUCCUCCUCACUUAAGGCGAACAGCUGUUCGUCCUGCUGUUGUUGUUGCAAGCCAGCCGCCGCGAGUCGUACGACAGAAAUGGCGCAAGAGGACCAUUCCGGCGGCCCCUCCUGGGACAAUCUGCCUAGUGUUAUCCUGCAGGAGAUAUUCUCGUAUUUGCCGCAUAAGUCGCGAAUAACAGCUUCCCAGGUAUGCAGAAAUUGGAGGUGUACUUUGUUCCACCCAAGCUUCUGGAGAAAAAUCUCUUUUGUGUUCAAAGAUGAGGACAGUGUUUCGUGGGUCAGAUUCAUGGCAGAUUGUUUUGCUCUGAGUGUACACGAGGCCACAAUUCGUUGGGAUAUAUCCAGCAGAAGAUAUAUUGACUGCAUGAGUGAAACUUACAAUCUUCUAAAGAAAUUAAGUUACAACAGACAACUGAGAAAAUUGUUUUUGGAAUUCAGUAGUAACAUUUAUGACUACUCCUUUGACAACGAGGAACCUAGCUAUUAUUUUCCCAUAUCGCUAACGGAAUGUGUAGUAAAAAUGAUCGAGACCUCCAAUCGCCUAGAAGCUCUAAGUCUGGGGUGCUCAGAAGAACUGACAGCGAACGCGAGCAAAAUUCUGGAGCCUCUGCGUCUCCACCACGCCAAACACCUGACGCACCUCAGCCUGGCGUCCAUCAGAGACGAUCCCGAUUAUUAUGAGCUUUACGAGCUCGAUAACUCUAUCUUCAAUUCGUUUAUCAGAUUAUCCACUUUAACUUUGGAUUAUGAAUUUGUCAGUGAUACUUUGUUGAAGGCGCUCGAUAGCGGAUGUAUGCAAAGACUCGUGAUUCAUGUACACGGCUGGAAAGAUUAUCCAGGGACGACGAAUAGGGCCUGGCAAAUGUUUGUUCAAAAGAACCCACAGUGCGAAUUGAGACUUAACCUCAUACAUUCUUAUCUCGGCGUUAAAGUCUUGGACACUGAUAUACUUUGUUCAGCGAUGCCAUUGACACAUCUGAAAGUUCUGUUCUGUGAGAGCGUUAAUAUUAGGGCGUUACUUCGUCUAUCAAUGUGGUACUCGCACACGCUAAGAUCCUUGACUUGGAUAGACUCGAUAAACCGUAAACAACGUAUGCCAGCCACACUCGAUCCAAACGAUCCAAAUAGUCCGGAUCCUAUGGUAUUGGUAGCCUGGAAGUGCACCAAACUCACGAAAAUAGUGUUCUUGGGCCACAAAUAUUAUCAGGAGAACCUGUUAGCUAUCGCGCGUCUCCGCGGGAACACUCUUCAAGUGCUGGCCUUUGCGAAGAGUGAUAUCACAUCCGAAAACGAAUCGUGGCAUAAGACCGGAAGUAUCACACACGAAAUUCAAGAGAUCAUGGGUCUGCAUUGGAUGCCGUUGAGUGACUCAGAUCUGCCAAUGGUGGUGUUGGAUCCUUUCAAGGGCGACAGCAGGGAAGUGAUAAUGCCGCUGGUUCUCAGAGACCAGAAAUAAUCCCGCAACGAAAGCCAAGCAAAAUCUCAGCCCAGUGUAUCCGGCAACCACGAGAACUUCGGGUCCAUGGCAUCUCCAAAAGUAAAGUCUCAUUGGGUUACAUUUUAUUCUUUUGUAAGAUUCUUGUUUUUCAUUUCUUUUUGUUCCUUUUUUUUCUAUUUUAAUGAGACGCCGAAGGCACCUCUCGCGAAAUUUCGCGUUGUCAGCGGUAUUGGCGUCUCCCGAGUGAGAAUUGUAUUGGGGUACAAUGUGUAUACAGAGUGGUAAACGCACACGUAACUUUCCCUUGUUUACGAUAUUUCUCGUCGUUUCGUAUAUGAAUGUGAUAAAACUAUCGUAGUUAACUAAAUCCAUAUAUUUCGAUUCGUCGACGGCUAAUACGAUCCGAUGCAAAUCACGAGGAAUUUGCAACAAACACUGAAACGAUCUCUCUACGUGGGGAGAACGUGUGUGGUAAUUUAUAAAUAUAUACUAUAAUUUUUUUUUUUCUUUAUAUGUAUGCGUGGAAAACACGAAUCGCGCUUUUGACAUUGGCGAGGUAUAACGCGCUAGGAAAUGAUCACGCGAACACAUGUCGAUGCACCAUAAAAAGCAAUAUACGCUGAACGAUCGUCCCUCUCGCCUAAGAUCGAUAUAUUUGCCGGAAGAAGAGCCAGAAUACAUUUUUUAUAACCACAAUAAUAUUCCGGUCGAUGAGAAGCGCGCAGAGCACGUUAAGGAACGAUGCGACUGAGAACUAUAUCGCAGUCCUGAGAGAAAGCUGCGUCUUGAAUGUCUUUAGACAAAUUUACGCAUACGAGGCGCAGUAUGCGGAACUGGCGAGCAUACAAGAGCGAGUGAUCUGUUCGUUAAGUAAACAAACAAAAAGAAAAAGGAACUGCGCGAUAGGAGAAAAAGAGGAGAAGGGAGAGAAAGGGGGAGAGGCUCGAUCUCAUGAUCUUCCAUUGGAAAGAAUAAUAACGCAAUUCCACGCGUGAUGCAAGAGCGACAAGACGCGUUAACAACAUAUUUUUCCAAUUCUCUGCGAGCGAAUAAGUAAAGUGUAAAAGCGUGCGCCAAGAGCAUGACGUGCGAGAAUAAAAUAUCUUCUAACGUGAGUGUGGAGUUCGUCGAAUAAGCGGCGUGAGCAUAAAAAGUGAGGAAUAUCGCGCUCAAAAUGACGGGAAGAAAAAUGUGAAGUCGAGAUAUAUAGCGAUCCGAGGUUAUUUUUAAUACCAAGACCAAUCGGACGCUUUUGUAUAAAUAUUAAAGUGCGCAGUUGAAAAUAUGCGUGAUGCGCGCGCAGUUGAAAAUAUGCGUGAUGUGAGUGAAAGAACGUGAGAAAGAGUCGCGCUUUAGAGCAACACCUGCCUCUGUGUAUAGCAUUUCGACAGGUGCAUCGAAUAACGAGAAUAAUAGUGUCGUGCGAGUAAUCAAUAUAUAUAUAUAUAUAUAUAUAUAUAUAUAUAUAUAAUAUAUAUGUAUAUAUAUAUAUGUAUAUAUAUAAUAUAUGUAUGUAUAUAUAUAUAUAUAUAUAUAUAUAUAUAUAUAUAUAUAUAUAUAUAUAUACACAUAUAUAUAUAAAUAUGUAUCACUGUCUAUACUCAUCGUGCUCUUAGCGACCGCUUAUGACGAACGCAUAAAUAUAGUUGAUAUCUGUAAAAUCGGAGAUAUAUAUUAACCGCUAAUAUCGCGUAUAUAUGUAUAUGUAUAUGUAUGUACAAUUGUAUUAUUUGUCGAACUUUAAAACUUCAACAUCAUCCGGAUGCAGCGCGCAAUCUAUUUCUUUCGUGUAAUCUAUUUAAUGUGAUAAGAGAGAGGACUCUGAGAGGGAGUGAGAGAAUGAGAGAAAGAGUGUGUGUGUGAGAGAAAGAGAGAGAGAGAGCAAUCCGUAAGAACAAAGAUGAAAUACCAAAACGCAGCAUGUACUGUAUAACACGCAGUUUACUACUUCCGAGAGAUUAUUUAUCCAUGUGUUUUCGAGCCCUUGUAUAAUUAUAUUACACUGUCGCGUAUAUCUCGUAACUUGUAGUCGCGUGUAAUAUUGUUUUUCUUUUUUAUAUGUGAUUUUUUCCGUGUAUGUACAUAACGUCUCUCGCUCGUUUUUCGAAACACGAUGAAUAUAUGCGCGAAUAAUGCGUGCAAUCGCAUAUAUAUAUAUACAUAUACGGAUAAAACAAGAAAGAAUCAGUGGAAGAACGAUUGUGAGUUAGGUGACAAAACGAAAGCAAAUAAUGCGCGGAGGAAAUCUCUCUGUUUUGACGGGCGACUAUACUGUUAUACAAGAUGAACGGGCCUUUCAAUAUGUACCUGAGUCGCGGUAAGGGUAAAUUCAUCGACAAAUCUGAUACGCGACAUAUACCAUAGAGACAGAGAUAAAUGUUGAACAUCUUACAACGAUCGCGUCCCAGCAAACGUGCGCAGAGCAAGAUUAAAGAUGAAAAAUUAAUCGGAUAGACGGUAAUGACGUACAUAUGCGUUGCAUAUAUGCAUGUAUGUAUAUAUACUUACACAUAUAUGUAUCUUAUAUAUUUAUAUAAUAUGCGUAUAUAAAUAUAUUUAUAUGAUAUGUAUAUUUGUACACAUAUAUAUAUAUAAAUUUGUACACGCAUACAUACACACAUGUACUUGGCGGAUAUUCGCGAGUUGCGCGGAAACGAAUUCGAUAAUAUCAUCUCCGCGAAUCGAGAGGAGAGCAAUGUGCGUGCACGUUUGCCAGCAGGACGACACUGAUAACACUCGUGCAAGUGCCCUUUCAUUUCGUAUUCCGUACGAGUAUAAUCUUUUGCGCGAAGAAAAAUGGGGAAAAGUCUAACGCGAAGCACGAGAAGGAGGCCGAUUACGAGAGGUCUCUUGAAAAAUCGCGACUAUUUACCGUGUAAAACCCGUGGUAACGUAAAGAGUCGGGGUGACGCUUGUUCGCUGGCUCACCGUCGUGUUUACAUGGCAAAGACUUUCUCAAAAACGAAGAGUAACUUUACGUUUUUCCUCGUUUUUCUUUUCAAUCAAAUGGAAAUUCCGCGUAAGGUGAAGAAGAAGAAGAAGAUGAUAAUGAUGAUGAUGAUAAAAAAAUCUAUAUUCGGGGACGCGAUGCCCGGCGUAUGAAUGUGAUAAGCGAGUGAUUGAGAAUGAGAGAAAGAGAGAAAAAAUAGCAAAACAAAAAGUUUAUAAGCGCGGAACGAGAAAGCACGACUUAAUUGCGAUAAUUGCGAGAGAAAAGAGCGAGUUAGUGAGUGUGAAGGAAGAACGGAAAAAUAACAAUUGUGUGUUGAAAGAGAGAGAGAAAACGCAAGUGGUAAGAUAAUAUGCGUUUGGAUGUACGAUGUAACGGAAUACCGCGUGAAUCGUAGAAGACAAAUCGAGUGAUAUGAUAGUACCAUCUCUCCGCGUCGAAUCCUCUGUAAUAAGUAAACUAUCGUUAGUAGAAAAAGAAACAAGGCAGUCGUGCAGCCGUUCACAACGCGGGCACAACGCUACCACAAAGUAAGAAAAAAAAAAACCCACGCGUCGAUAACGGGUGACAAACGACAAAACCACAAGUAUAAGACUGAACCUGCCGAGAGAGGUAACAUGUACAACAAGUUGAGCGGGCUGCACGUUGCCGCGCGUCGUUGGUCGACCUCGCAUUCAUAAAAGAAGGACGAACCGGACGGAACGGAAGGUGCAUGUAGAGAUUCAUCUCGAAAGAGAGAGACCGCGUGAGACGUCCCGAGGAAAACUCGGUGGUGUGUGCGACCUUUCCUCUUCGGUAUUUCACAGUAUCGUUUUACCGGCGUUUAAACGGCACUUUUUUUUCCUCUUCAAGGAAGUCGCUAUCUCUCUCCGUCCGUUCGUUGCUUCCACGGUGGAUCGCACUUCGCGACCGGUGCGAUCUCAGCGAACGCGAAUGUAUAUGUUUAUGAAUGUGUGCGUCGCGAAACAAAAAAAAUAAAACAAGAAGAAAACAUAAAAGGGAUGGUGCCCCAAGCUAGCGUUUAGAUCGGAGAUAUAAGCCCUGAAGGAGCUCACUCGACGACGGUUCUCGUAGCCGAUAUCAUGAAACUUAAACCCUUAAGCAGCCUGCCAAGAAUCAAAA